CCCUUCUUCUCAAUCUCCGGCUCCUCUUUCUCUCUCUCUCUCUCCUCCAUAUUCCAUCUCUCUAUCUCCCUCCCAAUUUCACUGACACUCAUUGACUUUGCUUAAAAAUGAGUUCUUCUAGAUCUAUUCCGUUCAAAUCGAAGAAACGUCUGAUGGAUUCGCCGUGUUCGAAAUCGGAGACAGGGAGCCCUAAUCCGUCUUCUGUAGCUGUGCCCACGCCGAAUAAGCCGGCGGAGAACAUGCACACUAGAUCCAGGAACCGAUCCGUGGCUCUUUCCGUGAAAGAGAUUCGCCAAGCCGCCGGAUCUCGUCGCAGAUCUGAAGAUCCGUCGGGUAAUGUCUCAUCCGCCAGGAGCAAGCUCGUGUUUUCCGAUAACGAUUCCUCCUCUUCCGCCUCCAAACGAAUUGGCAGUAAUAAGAACGCCGAGAAGGAGCAACUACCGGAGAAGUACGAAAAUCUGGGAAAGUUCUUUGAUGCGUUGGACAGUUCGAUUCGGUUAUCGAAACUGCGAGGCUCCAAGCCUACAUUCUCAAGCAUUUCUGGGAAAAUCGAGCAUUUAACCGAAAGGAGAUUUUGUCACGGUCACUUGGCUCAGCUAAAGCAUAUUUUGCCAGAGGCAAUAGAGGUUAAGAGAGUAUUGGUCCAUGAUGAAACAACUAGCUGCAUGAAACCAGAUCUUCAUGUUACACUCAAUGCCGAUGCAGUUGAAGACAACGAGAAUUCUAAAUCAGAAGGCAAGAAGAUCUCACUCCGGAAAGUGUUCAGGACAAGACUUGCAACAUUUGUUAAAUCUCACCCUCAGGGUGAUGAAGUUCCUGAGGAACCUCUUCCAGAGCUAUACAAUAGAACGAAACCAAAGGAAAACUCAAACGCUGAGGUUAAGAAUGUUAGUUCUCUCAUGGAAGAGAUGGCUUCUAUUCCAGCUGCUAAGUUGAUUUCUUCUUUCAUGAAAGUCCCAUCAACUCCACUCAAAUCAGCUUUAAGUCUGGCUAAACCAAGUUCUUCACCAUUGUCUAAGAUUAACUUGCCGCCAACUCCAGUCAAAGCAGUGUCAGCUCUGGCUGACUUGCCGCCAACUCCAGUCAAAGCAGUGGCAGCUCUGGCUAAUGUACCUUCGACACCGGCUAAAAUUGACUCGACACCAGUUAUUGUUGCUGCAACUCCACCUGAAUCUGCAUCAACUCCUGCUCGACUCUUCAGUACAUCACUCGCAGCUCGUACGCAGAAAAGAAACAGCGGUGACACUAGUCCAGAUGAUGUUUCUACUGACCCACCGGUUAAGCUCGCGAGGCGUUCAUCACUAAGGUCGCUGAAAUUCGAUUCUCAUACAGAGGACGAGGAAGCUAAUGAUGUGACAGAUGAGGAAGACACUGUUCAAGUUCCAGAGGAAGAUGUACUCAGUGAUGAUGAAAUCCUUAGCAUACUUCCUGAUAAACUUCGAGAAGCGAUUAAAGAACAAGAGAGGAAAGCUAUUGAGGAUCAAAAUCCAGCAAUCUCGCAGGCAAAGAGAAGGAGAAAGAUGAUUGCUUGUCUACCUAAACUUUUCAAUGUCAUCCAUUACUUGAUUCAAUCAAUAAGGCGUUGGGUUAUCACAAAAGAAGAUCUUGUGCACAAGAUAAUCGCAGGUCAUGUUGAUAUUACCGACAGAAGAGAGGUUGAGGAACAACUUGUCUUAAUGCAAGAGCUCGUCCCUGAAUGGAUUUCUGAGAAAAGAUCAUCAAGUGGAGAUUUACUAGUAUGCAUCAACAAAUUGGCAUCUCCGCAAACAAUCCGGUCGUGUCUAGAAGAAGAAAACAAGAAAGCUAUGGCUUCACCGCUAACUUAAGAUGGCUGAGUUUUAUAGCGUUUUGGACUACUUAACAUGCGAGAGCGAGACUAUUCAUAAGAACAGCGAGUAGAGAGACUAGGUAUAUUUUGAAGCUCAAGUGUGGAAGCGUAAAAUGCUGAAAACAAGUAUAGUUGAGUCUUGACAAAACUAUUUAGGUGUUUUUUUAAAUCUAUUUUCGACCAAUCAAUCUAUUUUCGACCAUUCAUUAGUAGAUUGCAUCUUUUGGAUCAGAAACAGAACAAAACUAAUCAUGUAAUCGUAAAUAAACCAUUCUCCUUUU